AUGAUGCGCCAACUCCGGACACAUAUGCACGGAGGAGAGCUCUUCUCUGCUCGCCUUCCGAAAAUCAUAAGCGACUUGAUGAAAUCCAACCAGGAUCAGCAUCUCCGCCCGGAAGUUGAGCGAACGGCCACACAGAUGAUGGAGGAGCGAGAAAAAGAGAUUGCCUUAAAAAAAAAAGAAUCUCCCAAGAAGACCUCUGAAGUUACGAAAACUCCACCAAAAGAUCCCUCUACUUCUAACUCGUCAAUCGUGAAUAAUGAGCAGCCUCAAUCGUCAGGUCAAAAUCGAAUACCGCCUAUUCAAAGUGUCGUCCCAACAACUCAACUGUCCAGCGACUUCCAAAUGGAUGUUGACUUGCCUCCGCAUGGGCGGAAAUUAGCGGAUGUCAAACAGGAAAAUCAAAGCAGCCAGGAAGAAGUGGACUUGGACUCGAUGACUUUAGACGAACGACUCAAGUUUCUCCAGCAGCGAGAGCACGAGGGAGAUGAUUAUCAUUCUCCGGAUGCAUCUCCGAUACACGACGAGCAACCGGCACCGGGCGGCGGCGGCCUUGCUAGUCUGCUCAACAAACUUCAAAACUCGGCGCUUAGCGGUUUGUUCCCCAGCGAUCCAAAUGCCGGUAAUCUCGGCGCGGCUGACGAUGUUUCAAUGGAGUCAGAUGGUGGAGCAACACCGAUCAUGGAUGAAGAUUUAGGAGACCAGGCUCCGGAAGUUGAAAACGCCGUUCCGGGCCUUCCAAAGAUAGUAGAGAUCGCUGGUGGAUCAGCAGUUAAGAAACGUGUGGUUGUUGAUACUUCCAGCUCCAGUAGCGACAGUAGCAGCUCCUCAGAUGACUCCGACUCUAGCUCGAGCUCGUCAUCGAGUGAUGAUCGACGAAAGCGGCCUCGAAUGCGCGAAUCGCGUUUGGUUCGAGAAGAGCGCGAAAGAAAGGAAAGAAUGCGUCGUCGUCCUUCGCGAAGAAGUCCACCGGAUGGUCGAGCUCCGCGAGGAUCUCCGACUUACGAAGACUACGCUUCCAAAAGUCCUCGAUCGCGGAGCAAGGGAAGAUCGCGGGACAAUAGUCGAGAUCGGGAUCGAAAACGACGAGAUAGUUCUGAAAGGGAUGAUGUCCGAAAAGAGAGACGUAGAACUCCGACUCGGCGGUCGAGAAAAUCUUCUUCGUCAUCUUCUUCGAGCUCUUCGUCUUCUAGCUCGGAUGACGAUUCCCAAAGCCGAAGCCGACGAAAAUCGAAGGAGCGUGCUGAAGGAAGGUCCGAUCGCGACCGACGCUCCGAUUCUUUCGGACGUCCGUCUUCUGAGUCUCGAUCCAGCACGUGUUCUUGCUCUUCCUGGUCCGCAUCAUCCGAAAGUGGAUCAGACUGGAGUUACUCGCGAAGACGAUCAAGAAGUCGUGCUCCCGACCGACCAAGAAAACGAUAUCACUCGAAGUAUAGUCGUUCAUCGAGCCCGAAAUUCAGCCCUUCACCAUCUCGGAAAAAGAAGAAUAUCCGUCGAUAUGACCGACGUAAGCCAUACAAAUCGAAAACAAAAACAACUCGCGGAACACGAGCUGGAAAAAGGGUCAGGGCAGCGCGAAAAAAAGUCAUGGAUGCAUUCAACGAUUUCAAAGAGAAGCAGCCUUGGAAGUUCACAUUCGGCCAUGAACUUUUACCGGACAACGUGCCCAUCAUUGAUCUUCUCUACGAACCGCACAAGAACAUCAAAUAUCCGGAUCUCAAGCGGAAGGACAACGAGACGAACGAAGAGUACCACGAGCGCAUCUUUGCCGAUUUUGUCAAGCGUCAUAAUCGGCACCUGACGCUUGACGCCCCUCCAGAGGACGAGGAGUCUGUUUUCGAUCAGAUCGCAAACUCAUUUCAAAAAAGCAAAACUAAGAAAGAGAUCACAUCAUCCGCCGGCUCAAGUUCCAGUCGCCGUCCAGGCUGGGCCGUACCUCGCCACUUCACCCCUUAUCACCACCAAGCUGCCCAAAUUCGUCACCAUAAACCAAGCUUCGAUAUCAGAGACGAGCUAGCCGAAACUGCCCAAAAGCAAGCCCAGCGCAUCAGAACUCCUCCACGGGAGCCAAAGGCUUCUAAACAGGUCAAUCCGGAGGAGGGUGAAAUUGAGGACGGCGAAUUGUCCGACUAG